GUGAAAAUUCUGUAUGAAUAAACACUAUGAUUUAGGAACGCUACUUAAACCAGCUGUAGAUAUCUGGCAACACUGGAAUGGAACAUGAAUGUGGCAGAGGCAUUUGUCGUGUCAUAAAUUUCUUGAUGAUUGGAUGACGAUAUAUGAAGUGGCGCCGUUAAAUAAAAAAUAUGUGGAAACUGUUUAUUAUAAGCGAUUUUUAUAUAUACCUUCUUGUAUGUCAAACGACUGUGUCCAUUGCUGGACACGAUCUUAAAGGCUUCGAUGAUACGGUUUUGUUUAGAAUUAAUUGGCCAGGCGAAAGUAGCGCUGAUUUAUUGGAAACGCAAACCAAUGUAGCACCUUAUUUUAUAACAACAGCAAAUAACGAGCGAUACCAAUGUUUCAUCCCAGAUACAACAAAACAGGAACAUGAUCAUGGAGAAACCUAUACGUGGCUCAAUCCCAUUGAAAUUUUGUCUCCACUUUUCACCCAAGAUUCGUGUUCUUUCAAGUUAGAAUCAUACUGGACCUAUGAAUUGUGUCACGGCCGCUAUGUGCGUCAAUACCAUGAGGAACGAGAAGGAAAGAAGGUUAAAAUUCAAGAAUAUUAUCUUGGUAAAUUAGAUCCAUCGGAAAUAGUGAAACUCUCGGCACAGUACGAUCAGCGAGCAAAAAAUUCUAAUAAAGCAGAUAUACCUGUCAAGAAGGUAGAAGGGGUCAAUAUGCCAUAUGUGGAAAUCAAAAUGUCAGAUGGUACACUUUGUGAUUUAAAUGGCAAACCGAGAAUGAUUAGAGUAUUGUACACGUGUUAUCAACAUAGUAAACACGAAGUAUUUUCUCUAAAAGAGAUUUCAAGUUGUGAGUAUGAGGCAGUGGUUCUCUCUCCGUUACUCUGCCACCACCCAGAUUAUAAUCCACAGGACACGGGAGAAAAUGAAAUUAAUUGUAGACCUGUCAAUGGGGCUCCAAGAAAACCAAAGGCAUUAUCUGCAAUGGAUGCAGAAAGCUUAAAACUCAGACAUCCUCAAGUGACGGAUGGGAACCAGCAGAAAGUCUUUGCGAUCUUCCAUGUAGAUAAGGAAGGCCAGGAUGGAGAAACUCGCGUUAGAGUUAAGAUUCAUCCCGUGGACGGAAUUGACAAUAGCAACAGCAUAGAUAAAAGUCUAAGUCCUAUCGGAGAACAAGGGACUAGUCCAGUCGACAUCACUCCUGUUCAAAACUUCCUCAGUGGUAAAAACUGCUUAUAUGGGGGUAACGGAUGGUGGAAAUAUGAGUUUUGUUACGGACGCUUCGUAGCCCAAUACCACGUGGAAAGGGAUGGGUCCAAAACCGUAGUAAACCUUGGCAGGUUCAAUUUAAAAAAGCACUUGGAAUGGAUCGAAGCCCAUCCCAAGAAAAGGCCAAAAUCCCUGGCUCAAAGAAAGCAGCUUUCUCACUUUUACAGUGGUGGCAGCGAAUGUGACAAAACGGGUAAAUUAAGACAAACAGAGGUUAAACUGAAAUGUGUAGAGCCUCAGACAACUAGUCCAGCUAGCGUAUCCUUGUUCUUGCUAGAACCUAAAACCUGCGAAUAUAUCCUGGGCGUUGAAUCUCCACUAAUUUGCGACAUCCUCGAAUUUGCGGAUGAUAAUGGACUGUUAAGUGAUCAAACCUCGUGGAGUUACAUCGAUUGGAAAGCAUACUUGCAGGAGGAAGAAGAAAACGAUUUGGACGAGAGAAUAGCAAAUGGAGACGAAUAGUUCUAUUAAUUAAUUCUAAAAAUACGUAUUGAUCGAUGCUCAAAAGCACUUUUGAACACCCAAGUGUUCGCUCAGUUUUCUACUCAUAUCUAAGAAAACCGGUUCAGGAUAUAAAAUCUAUAGAGCGUGAACAUAUUUCCAAACCCAGAUCGAAUUCAGUGAAAAGACACAAACCACGAAUAAAAAAUACAUUGUAAAUUAUAAUACACGAUGAAGACACAAGUUUCAAAGUA